GCCGACGAUCGCACAGUCGGUGUUGGGACUCGAUCAAGUCAACAAGUGUAGUUCAAUCAGCAGUGACGAUCAACCGCAAUCAGUGUAAGCUUACCAGAGUGAUCCUGCAUCAGUUCAGGAUGCUGCGCCAGGUUUUGCUUUGCCUGGUGGCCUUCACGGCACUGGCCACAUGCCAGCGUGGCACCGAGGAGGUCCUCAAGUGGCAACAGGUCACCUAUGACGUUCCGGAAAGCGUUGCCGCCAAGACCGAUGGUUACAUUCCGAUAAACAACAUCCCGAUGAGUGGCGUGCACUACAAGAACCGCGUGUUUGUUACGGUUCCUCGGCGUCGCUGGGGUAUUCCGUCCACAUUGAACGUGAUCGACCUCGCGCCUCCAUUCCCUAUGCAGAACCCGGUGCUAAAGCCUUAUCCCAAUUUUGCUCUCAACGAACUUCGCGAUGAUCUACAACCCGAUGAGAACCGUCUGGUGACUGUUUACCGUCCGCGCGUUGAUCGCUGCGAUCGGCUGUGGUUCGUCGACACUGGCAUGAUGGAGAUUCCUAAUAACUUCACCAUUGUUCAGCGACCCUCGAUUUGGGCGAUUGACCUCAAGACGAACACCCCGAUCCAUCGCUAUGAGAUUCCCCAGAAGGACGUCGACAGCGGUUACGGUCUCACCUCGAUCACGCUGGACGUAGAUCCGAACGACUGCGAGAAGGUUUUCGUGUACAUUUCGGACUUGCAGACGUACCGUAUGAUCGUGUACGAUUACCAAAACCGGAAAUCGUGGCGUUUCCUGCACAACUACUUCUUCCUCAACCCACUGGAGGGAGACUACGUCAUCCAGGGCAUUCCGUUCUCGUGGGACGAUGGCAUCUUUUCGAUCGCGCUGAGCAACCCAGACCCAGUGACCAACUUCCGUACGGCCUACUUCCACGCUCUGUCCAGUAACUCCGAAUUUACGGUGUCAACCGCGGUGUUGCGUAACGAAACGGCCGCCAAGCGCGGUUAUCACGGCCAGGACUUCAAACUGCUGGGAUAUCGCGGCGCCAAGUCACAGUCCAGCAUCCACGCGUUGGACCGAGAAACCGGCGUGGUCUUCUUUGCACUUGUACAACAGAAUGCUGUGAGCUGCUGGGACAGUAAGAAACCGUUCGCUCCUCAGAACAUGGCCCUGGUCUACAAAAACGAUAACGACAUUGUCUACCCGAAUGACCUGGCGAUCGACAACGACGGUUACGUUUGGUUCAUGUCGAACUCCAUCAUCAAGCUUUUGUACACCCGGCUGGACUUGAACGAGUUCAACUUCCACAUUUGGCGCGCAAACAUCAAGGAAGUCAUCAAGGGUACCGUUUGUGAUCCGGCGGUGAAGGCCAACGUCGAUGCCGACCAGCGCUUCGGCGAGGGUGGAGAUGGCGAUCGGGUAACGUUCAUCGAGCAUAAGGACAAGUAUGGUCCGGGAGGUGGCCCGUACGGGGGAUGGGGUCAGGGCGAACAGAUGCGCCCGGGGCGUAGACCUUAUUCUUCGAUCAGAUCAUCAACCUCGAACACGGAGAGACCCGAAAGGACGAUCUUCACUAGGGCGUCCUCCGGCUUGGCAUGGGUGAAGAACUCCGCGUUCAACUGCACCAGCUCAGCGCGAGCCUUCACCGUUUUCUUGACGCGGAUGUCAACAACUCCCGCGAUGCUGUCACCGCUGAUACUGCUGGACGAAUCGUCCUCCAUCGACUGCAAAGCGUCAAACCCGUUGGCAAGUGGGAUUGGCUGUGUGGACGCACCAGCCCAGAAAUAUCAAUCUAAAACCAUGAAGACAACAGUAGUUUUUCUUGGCCUAGUAACGAUUUUUCUACAAAACGUUCUUUGCACCGAUUUUCAAAAAGUAUAUCAAUGGAAACAACUUGCGCAUCGGAAACAGGAAGAUACUGCCAGCAGCAAUAUCGUAUUCCGAGAGCAAAUCCUGCCACAACAAUCUUCCUUCAAUGAGACCUUCGACAGCUACAAUAACAUCCCGAUGGGAGUCACCCAUCACAAGGGUCGCUUGUUCAUCACGAUUCCCCGAAGACGACCGGGAGUUCCAGCCACGUUAAACGUUAUCCACAUGGAAAAGGUGGCGAAAGAUGAGCAAAGCCCUCCGUUAGACGCAUACCCCGAUUACAUCAUCAACCAGUUGCAUAAUGAUUACAAGGCCGAUCUUAAGCGAAUCGUGUCCGUAUACCGCUCCAAGGUAGACGCCUGCGACAGGUUGUGGUUUGUCGAUACAGGCAUGCUAGAAUACCCGGACAAUCCGAUCCAAGUUCAACGACCUCAGCUGUGGAUUAUCGACCUGUCCAGGGAUCGUAAAGUGCGGACCUUCGAGAUACCUGAGUCGAUUGUUCAACAGGGAGUGGGGAUGGCCAGUCUUGUCGUAGAUGUGGAGAUCGAAAGCUGUGAUAAAGCAUUUGCUUACAUCCCCGAUUUGGUUCAGGGAGCCAUCUACGUGUACAGUUUCGAGAAGAACCGAAUGUGGUCGUUCAACCAUAGCUCGUUCAGUCAUAAUCCAGAACGCGCCAACUUCUUCGUAGCCGGUCAGCGUUUUCAAUGGGACGACGGGAUUUUCUCCAUAACCUUGGGAAAACGUAACACAACCUGGAGACCCGUUUACUACCACCCCAUGGUUAGCACGUCGGAGUUUACGACUUCGACGGCGACCUUGCAAAACGAAACACUGGCCAACGCAGGGGGCUAUGAAAGCCAUUUCCAAAGUCUGGGAGAACGCGGACCGAACACCCAAUCCACCAUGCAUCACCACGACCCGGAAACGGACGUCAUCUUCUACGCUGAAGUGAACCGGAACGCCAUCGGAUGCUGGAAUACACAGAACAACUUCACGACCGAGAACCAUGACAUCAUACAGCUGGACCACAAAGGACUGAUCUAUCCAACCGAUUUGAACGCGGACGUUAACGGGACUAUCUGGGUGCUGGCGAACAAUCUACCCACGUGGAUCUACUCACGACUCGAUGUGAAUCAAUUUAACUUUCACGUAUGGCGUCAAACGCCCCGGAAGGCGAUCGCGGGCACCAAAUGUGAUUUGUACUAGUUGUGGUGACUUGGGCACAGUGAGCAUUGUGAUAACACUAGAGGGACUUUACAAUUGGCUUUAUUCAAAAACAAAUUUUAUAACUAUGUACUUCUCAUACAAUUAAAUUUGAAUGCAAUUUCAUAAAACCAAAUCAA